AUGGGCAUCCAAGGCCUUCUGCCGCUACUCAAAGAUGCUUCUCUCCCCAUCCACAUUUCCUCCUAUUCCGGUCGCACACUCGGCAUCGACACCUACGUUUGGCUUCAUCGUGGUGCCUACGGUUGUGCACGCGAGAUAGUCCUAGGCGACCCCAAUCCACGAUACAUCUCCUACGCGCUCUCCCGUAUUGCGGUCGAGUUUAGACAGAUGGCCAUCCUCAGUGGCUGCGACUAUUUGCCCAGUAUAGUGGGGAUGGGCCUGAAAAACGCACACCGCUUGUUGAGAAGGCAUAAGACGGUGGAUAAGGUGCUACAGGUAGUUAGGCUGGAGGGCAAGAUGAGCAUUCCUCCGACCUAUCCGAGCGAGUUUAGAAAGGCCGAAUUGACCUUUGUUCAUCAGAGGGUUUUCGAUCCGUCCAGUAGCAAGGUGGUCACGCUUACGCCCUUGCCCAGUGGCACGCAUGAUGAUAUGCUGCCCUUUAUUGGCGCUCAUAUUGAGGAUGAGAUGGCGAGAGCGAUUGCAGAUGGCAUCGUUGAUCCUAUUACAAGGGAGAGGAUAUUGGAUAGAGUUGCCAGGUUGGGGAUGAGGUGUUCGAGUGCGAGUAAUCUCACUGCCAGCUCGAGUGGGUUGAAUACCUUGCAUAGGAGUACCACUGCUCCCAUAAGCUUGGGCGGUGGAUCUGGGCUGGCGGGAAGCAGCUUUGAUAAGUCCUCAGUGAGUACAGCGUCGGGAUCGUUUGGAGGAGGAGGCAAGAAAAAGGUGGUUAGUAAAGAAACUGGCUUGCAGAGUUUGAAGAUCUUCUUUGGUGCUCCGAAGAGCAGAGAGAAGAGCGAAAAGAAGGAGGAGAGAAUCGCGCUGGCUCCUCGUGAUACCAAUCGACCUUGGCAGCCCUCCGCACGGCCACCCUGGCAGCCGGUAAAAGAGGUGAAGGCAACACAGAGCAAGCUCUUGACUCGUUCCAACACCACCCCUCACCCCACUACGGUAUGCAAGACGCCGAAAGUGAGGCAAGACCAUGCAUACCUCCACCUGGGAGGCCAACUGACACCACCGAAAGCCAACGACUCGGGGUAUUGGCAAGACGAGUGUCAUGAUCUGCACGACUUUGUUCCGUCUAGUAGUCCUCCGCAGAUAGAGCUCAACGAGUCACAGCGGAUUGUUAUGGAUACUCAGCAGCUGUGCCUUGCGAGCAGCACAGCGGAUAUUCGAGAGCAACGCGAGGCGAGUGUCGCUCCAACGCAAUCCCUGCAGAGUACAGGUGCCUCUGGGGAGAGUGGGACGAGUGCGGCCGUGGUUGUACCUCAGACACCGUCGAGGAAAAGAAUGAGAUCGCAAGAGGCGGCGCCGGUGCUUUCGUCGCCAGAGAGUGCGAUGGAGAGCGGCUUUAUUUCUUCCCCUGCUUCGAGCGUUUGUGGUCGUGGAAAGAUUCCAGCUUACAGAGGCAAUGGGGGAGAAGAAGAGGAGGAAGACGAAGAGGAGGUUACUCUGCCUAGCUCGCCGUUGUUGGAUGACAUGGUGGUUGAACCAGUUACGCCCUUGAUGGUCAAGAGUAAAGCGAUGCUUAAUACCAGUGCCAGUAGGUCUAAAGUGGAAGCAUUCCGAUAUCCUGCAGCGACUCCUCAACAUCAGCACCAGCAGAAGAAGCGAGUAGAGCGAGUGGAGCGAGGGAGAACAACGCUGCCGAGGAGAGCCACCGAGUUGGCCACUCGCACAGCUGGUAAACCGGGCCUCUCGCCUUCUCUUCUUAAACUUGCUUCCUGGGAAAGCAUCAGCACACCAGCAGGAGCGCGCAGUGGAGCGUUUAAGCCGCGUAAGAUGCCCAAACGAAGCCCCACUCUGCUUUUGCGCGAGCAAGAAGCAGCAGGUGCAGCAGAGGGGAGUGCAGGGGAGGGGAGCAAAGUUGAAGGCUUGUUUGACAGGUUUAGGUUUUCCGAGCCUGUGGAGCAGGCAAGUACGGGUGCAGCGCAGGCGGGGGGAGGUGGCAAGAGGCAGUUAUCUUUCUAG